AUGUCCGAUAACAGUGAAACUUUUGCGUUCCAAGCUGAGAUUGCUCAGUUGAUGAGCUUGAUCAUCAACACUUUCUACAGCAACAAGGAAAUCUUCCUCCGUGAGUUGAUCUCCAACUCCUCCGAUGCUCUUGAUAAGAUCCGCUACCAGGCCCUCACCGAGCCAUCGGAACUCGAUUCCGGAAAGGAACUUUUCAUCAAGAUCACUCCAAACAAGGAAGAGAAAACCUUGACCAUCAUGGAUACCGGAAUCGGUAUGACUAAGGCCGAUUUGGUCAACAACCUCGGAACCAUUGCUAAGUCGGGAACUAAGGCAUUCAUGGAGGCUCUUCAGGCUGGAGCUGACAUCUCCAUGAUUGGACAAUUCGGUGUUGGUUUCUACUCUGCAUUCCUCGUCGCUGACAAGGUCGUCGUUACCUCGAAGCAUAACGAUGAUGACAGCUACCAGUGGGAAUCGUCGGCGGGAGGUUCAUUCGUCGUCAGACCAUUCACCGAUCCGGAACUUACUCGUGGAACCAAGAUUGUUAUGCAUAUCAAGGAUGAUCAAGUCGAGUUCCUCGAGGAGCGUCGCAUUAAGGAGAUUGUGAAGAAGCACUCGCAGUUCAUUGGAUAUCCAAUCAAGCUUGUCGUCGAGAAAGAGCGCGAGAAAGAGGUCCCAGAUGAUGAGGCUGAGGAGGAGAAGAAAGAUGAGGAGAAGAAGGAGGGAGAGGUUGAAAACGUCGGUGAAGAUGCAGAUGCUGAGAAGACCGAGGACAAGAAGAAGACCAAGAAGAUUAAGGAGAAGUACGUCGAAGACGAGGAGCUUAACAAGACCAAGCCAAUCUGGACCAGAAAUCCCGAUGACAUCUCCAACGAGGAGUAUGCGGAGUUCUACAAGAGCUUGUCGAACGACUGGGAAGACCAUCUUGCCGUCAAGCACUUCUCCGUUGAGGGUCAGCUUGAAUUCCGCGCUCUUCUCUUCGUCCCACAGAGAGCUCCAUUUGAUUUGUUCGAGAACAAGAAGAGCAAGAAUUCCAUCAAGCUCUACGUUCGACGUGUCUUCAUUAUGGAAAACUGCGAAGAGCUUAUGCCAGAGUACCUUAACUUCAUUAAGGGAGUUGUGGACUCUGAGGAUCUUCCAUUGAACAUUUCUCGUGAAAUGCUCCAACAAUCCAAGAUUCUCAAGGUCAUUCGCAAAAACUUGGUCAAGAAGUGCAUGGAACUCUUCGAGGAAAUCGCCGAGGACAAAGACAACUUCAAGAAAUUCUACGAACAAUUCGGAAAGAAUAUCAAGCUCGGAAUCCAUGAGGAUUCUACUAACAGAAAGAAGCUCUCUGACUUCCUUCGCUACUCGUCUUCGGCUUCCGAUGAGCCGACUUCUCUCAAGGACUACGUCAGCCGUAUGAAGGAGAACCAAACUCAGAUCUACUACAUCACUGGAGAGUCCAAAGAGGUUGUCGCUGCUUCUGCUUUCGUCGAGCGCGUCAAGAGCCGCGGAUUCGAGGUCCUGUACAUGGUUGAUCCAAUCGAUGAGUACUGCGUCCAGCAGCUCAAGGAAUACGACGGAAAGAAGCUCGUUUCCGUUACCAAGGAAGGAUUGGAGCUUCCAGAAAGCGAGGAUGAAAAGAAGAAAUUCGAGGAGGACAAGGUCAAAUACGAAAACUUGUGCAAGGUCAUCAAGGAUAUCCUCGAGAAAAAGGUUGAGAAGGUUGCCGUCUCCAACCGACUUGUUUCAUCGCCAUGUUGCAUCGUCACUUCGGAAUAUGGAUGGUCUGCCAACAUGGAGCGCAUCAUGAAGGCCCAAGCUCUUCGUGAUUCCUCCACCAUGGGAUACAUGGCUGCCAAGAAACACCUUGAGAUCAAUCCUGAUCAUGCUAUCAUGAAGACUCUUCGUGAACGUGUUGAGGUCGACAAGAAUGACAAGACCGUCAAAGACUUGGUUAUUCUUCUCUUCGAAACUGCUCUUCUUUCUUCCGGAUUCUCCCUUGAAGAACCAGCUUCUCACGCCUCUCGCAUUUACAGAAUGAUCAAGCUUGGACUUGAUAUUGGAGAUGAUGACAUCGAUGAGCCAGCCACCACAUCGUGCACUGCUGAGGCCAAGAUUGAAGGUGCCGAAGAGGAUGCGUCGCGCAUGGAAGAAGUCGACUAA